ACAAAUUACUUCACUAUUCAUUCAACAUUGUAAACCAACAAAAAUAAGACAACUAAGAAAAUAUAUCGACAGCUUUAUCCACAGUUUUUAUUUUCUAUACAAUUUGUAAUUUUUAUUAAAAUGAAUAAAAUUGCUGAAAAAAGCCAAGCUCACAAAGACAAGAAUGAGGAGACUAGCAAAAGCAUAAAGAGACUGCCUGAAGACACAGCAAAAAGCCAUAAGCAGCGGUUAUUUGCGUGGUUGGAAUUGAUAGAAAUAACUAAUAUCACUGCCACCGAAAAAGACACGUAUUUGGAGUUGACGCAUUCUCGUGCCGAAUUCUUUAACGCAACAAAAGCACCUGAACAUAUGUUUAAUAAGCUUCUGGUUGGCGAAGAAAAAUGCGUUUAUGCUUUAAUUAUUGAACAAGAUGACAUGGAGGCUGUAGACUAUUUCGCGGCAGAGCAAAUAUGUGUGUGCGUGAAACGUUACGCCUCGUCGAAACAGUCAGUUAAUGUUGACGUUAAAAGUUAUGAUAGUGAACGCGAAAAGCAUGCAGAAAGCGUAAACGAAUUCGAUUCCGAGUUCAAAUUCGAUAUAAAAGAAUAUAACUAUAUAGCAAAGGGGUACAUCGAUAUCCUCCAAUUAUUCUCCGAUGAAUGUAAGUCAAUUCAAUUAGUUGUUCUUCUUUACUCCCACAAAUGGGCAAGCGGUAGAGGGGCAGUCAAGACUACAUGGCGUAUUUAUACCGAAACGCCUCUUAUGAAAAAUUUACGUAUUACUAAUAUGGCAUUCAUCAGUCUAGAAUCCCUCUUUAAUUUGGAUGAGGAGUUGCUGGAAAUGGCGGAUGACAUCUGUGUGGAUAUACUUUUUCAAGCGAAAUUUCACAAUGACGUUUUGGCAUUUGAUGAAUUUAAGAUUUGCACAUUUAGUGUAUUUAGAAAGAAUAUAAUCAAAAAUCAGAGCAUUUACUUCUGUUGGGAGAAUUUGCGAGAUCUCAAUCAACGAUGUUCACCCGACGUUAGAACCGGAUGCACGAACAAACCACAAAACUUUUUAAAGAAUUUAUUUUGCACUGAAGGCAGAUAUUUCAAUUUUCACGAGAUAAACAUUUUCCACGAUUAUGUGUUAACAUCAAAUUCGACUGUACGAUUUAUACUCACCGUUGAGCUAGCUGAGAAGUUGGAACAAAUUAUUGGAAACGAUGAACAAUGUAUUAUUUUAAAUGUUUAUAACAUCAAGGAACCCGAAAAGAUACUACUUCAAGGCACGCUGGAAGCACACAUUUUCCUUUAUCCUAAUGAGAGUUAUAUCUUCUCUCUGUCCACAGUGAAAGCUUGCCGAUUUGCAGUCGCAUUGGAUGACCCGGUCUUGAGUGUUAAUACCGAUGAUGAUGAUCAGAAAACAACGUUCGCCACAUUAAAUAUUAGUUUUUAUUCUCCCAUAACGGAAAGUAGGAGUGAACGCUCUAUUAUAACGAAAAAUUUCGAUAACAUUGCACCUGCCUAUGAGAGUAAAUAUAUGGGCAAUUCAUUGCUGACAGAUAAUAGAAGUCUCUUUUAUAAAAGACGGGACGCUUACAGAAAAUUUGAUCAAGAAAUUAAAUCCAUUGCUAUGAGUAUAUUAAAAAAUAAUAUAACUGAUUAUAACGACAGUACAUCAUAUGUAUGCUGUGAACUGAAAAUAUUGACUUGGAAAAUAACAGAUCUUAUAGCUUACGAUUUUAACAUACGUGUUCCGACGGAAAAUAAUAUCGAGUUCACAAAUUUAAUGACGCUGGUUUAUAAGGAGUUAACACAACGCGUUUAUGAUAUUUUAAAAUCAUUGGAUAAUAAAGUUUUAUUUAUCGACGAGGGCACAAUUAAGGAAGACACAAAACUACAAAGAAGAAUGAGUUAUAUAAAACUACUCUAUGAAUCAGGAGACAAGAAACUUGCCGAUUUUCUGUUGGAGAAGUUCUCACACGUAUAUGCCAAUAACUCGAACUGGGACUUCUUCAACUUUCUUUACGACAUUGAAAACCUUAAUUUCGAAUCAGCACGCGAAUAUAUAAAGAAACCUGUGGCAGAAGUUUACCAUCGUGCGCAAUUUUAUACUGAAUUGGUCGAAAUUUACCUCAAUUAUAUGAAAGUGAAGAGAAAUGAAAAAACUUUUAAUGAAGCUUUGACCUAUCUAAUCCAAUUACUCGAUGAAUUGUCAACAAAAUAUCCCCAGGAAUUGGAACCAUGGAUACUACUGCAUUGCAUUUAUAAACAGUGCGCCUAUUUGCCUGGUGUUGAGUUCACACGUUUGAAAUAUGAAAACCUCGUUAAUCAACAUUAUUGGGACUUUCCAAACAUACCGUACAGCCGUUUCUCGAUUUACAACGACUACUAUAUACAAUUUUAUUCAAACAAGGGCCAACUAUUGUAUAUAAUCGUGAAACAUUUUCUAUGGUUAGGCAAUUAUUUAUUUGCCGAGAUCGUUUUUGAUGCAAUCUCAAUCGAAUGCACCCCUGCUGAAAAGUAUAUGUUUAAGAGCACUAUUAAAAUAUUAACAAAAGACUUAACAGUGGACUACGCUAUGAAAAGUUUUGACAACGAUAAAGCUUUGAAGACUCUUGUUGCAUUCGCUAAUGGCAAUAUCGAGUACUAUCGCGGCGAAAUUAGCAGGGCAUUAAGCUAUUAUCACCGAAUUUUGGAUAGUAAGGAUAAUGACAAUCAAUGCCUAAAACUUGGCCUGCUGCGUUACGCCAAUUAUCGUUACAAUGAACAUAAUCUUUUAGAUGCGAUAAAAGCCUAUGAAAGGUACCUAUUUUUCGGUACUGGUGCCUUCGUGGCAUAUUACGGACUUGGCAGAGCGAUGUACAAAUUAAAUCGUUUAUCAGAAGCGGAAGGACAUUUUGCUAACGCUACAAACUAUCCACUACAUAUACCCGAUAUUUGGGCCUAUUUAGCUUUGAUCAAUUUAAGGUUAGGAAGGACAGAAAAUGCGUUGAAAUUGUGGAAGUAUGCACAUCUGAAUGAAAAAAGUACUAUUUCCGAAGAAGUUCGCAAGGAAUUAGAAGCAUUGGAUCACAAAAUGUUGGACUUAUUUGUUUAAUAUUUCCUACACUCUAGACAUUAUAGUUACAAAUAUAUAUAUGAAUGACUUUCAGUGCUCUUAGUCAACUACAAUCUUUGCAUAUAAUAUAUUUUGUACCUUCUUCAUAUUUUAUAUAAACUUAAAUAAAUCGAAGAAGAAUUUAUUUCCCAAUAAAAA